AGCUCAAAAAUAACUACAAACAUAUUAUACUUCUUGUCAUAAUAUAAUUUUCUUGUUCAAGUGAUAAAAACACAAGCCCUCAAUGCCUCUAUACCCUUUCUAAACUUCACUUCUGGAGCUAUUUUUAGUAUAAAGGUAAAUCCUUGCUAAUUACUGAAACCUUAAAAACAAGUAUUGGCAUUUUUCGUUCUGGGGCCCAGUGAAAAGAUGGCUUCCAGAAAACAAUUACCAGCAUCAUAUGGACGCUCAUUACAAGCUCCAGGAAUAGUGCUUCGUGAAGAAUUGGCUGCUGGCCGCCGCCACAUUGAUCCACUUCCUCCUCCUGAGGUUCGGGAACACAGAUUUGCUGCUCGGGCUGCAGAGAUAGAACGACUUGCUGGAGACCAUCAUCGGUUGGCAGCUACAUAUGUUGCCUUAAAGCAGGAUCUUUCUGUUGCUCACCGAGAAUUAGAGAAAGUCAAAGAACAUAUGAGAAGUACUCAAACAGAAAGUGACAUCCAGGUCCGAGUGUUGUUCGACAAGAUUGCUAAGAUGGAUGUGGACCUUAGAAACGUUGAGAGAUUAAGGAAGGAUGUGGAAGAGGCCCAUUUGGAGGCACAAGGCUUGGUAUCAGCCAAUAUGGAACUGACCGGAAAAAUAAAUCACAUUAAGCAGGAAUUGGAAAAAGCUCGUGCAGAUGUCAAGAAGCUACCUGAGAUGCAUGCUGAACUUGAUUCCUUAAAGAAAGAACACCAAAAGCUGCGUAAGACCUUCCUGUAUGAAAAAGGUUUAAACAUGGAGAAAGUUGAGCAACUGAAAGCCAUGGAGAAAGAGUUGAUCGACAUGGCUAAUGAAGUGGAAAGGUUGCGUGCUCAAGUGUUAAUCGCCGAGAAAAGAGCUCAAGGUUUUGAUCCUUAUGGUCGACCCUACAUGAACUCCGAUCCCAUGUAUCCGGCUCCUCCUCCUAUGCAUCUACCGCCACAUGUAGACAGUUACCAGAGAUCUCAUAUCCCAGUUGCCCUUGGUCCUAUGGGAGACGGAACAUAUCAAUAUGGCAGUAGCGCGGCUGCAAGUGCUCAGGGCGGAACAGCAGCGCCACCUCUCCUCGGUACUGGUGACAAUGUAGCAUGGGGAGGAAGUCAUGAUGCUCCUCGACAAACCAGGAGCUGAACUUUCUGCUAUGUGUUAGAUUUGGUCUGCUUGGCCGGUUUUGCAUCCGCGGAACGAACUUUUAUCCAAAUUGACUAGCUCGAUUCUUUUUCGCGUUCGACUUAUAGAGGCUUUUUGCAGAUCUAAUGUAAGAUGUUUCAUGAGGCUAGAGAAUUGUACAUUUAAUCUGUCAAAAACUUAUUUUACCUGCACAUAUUCUAGUCCAUGGAAAUGAAUGUUGUUUUAUGGAUCA